AUGCAUUACGAUAGAGAUAUGGCAAGAAAUUAUAGAACAGUAUCUAAACAAGAUAAGAAGAAGUUUAGAGUGCAGCAGGCCGAAGAUAUCGAAGGGUUGAAGAAACGUGUUGAAGAGUUUGAUCCGGCAGAGAAUAGUGGAAUCACAAAGUUUGAUGAACUUCCAUUAACAAAAGACACAUUGAAGGGACUUCAAGAAGCCGGAUAUGUGAAUUUGACGGAUAUUCAACGUGAUGCUAUUCCAGUAUGUCUUCAAGGUCAUGACAUUUUAGGGGCAGCCAAGACAGGAUCGGGAAAGACACUCUCAUUCCUAGUACCAGCUCUAGAGAGACUUAUGUAUGAGAAAUGGGGAGAACUUGACGGUGUUGGGGCACUAAUUAUCACUCCAACAAGAGAAUUAGCAGUACAAAUAUAUGAGGUGCUACUUAAAAUUGGGCAUUAUUCGACGCUUUCAGCAGGUUUGGUCAUUGGUGGUAAAGACUACAAGUACGAAAAGGAGAGAAUUGGCCGAGUCAACAUUCUUAUUGGUACACCUGGUCGUAUUCUUCAGCACAUGGAUGAAUCUGCCACGUUGAAUUUGGAUAAUUUGCAGAUGUUAAUUUUGGAUGAGGCAGAUAGAAUCCUCGAUAUGGGAUUCCAUAAGACUAUUGAUAGCAUAUUGAGCGAUCUUCCUCCACAGAGACAAACCUUACUAUUUUCCGCCACCCAGACUAAAUCUGUUAAGGACUUGGCUCGCUUGUCACUAGUUACUCCCAAAUACAUAUCCACUUCGACAGAACAGGAUAUUACUACUCCAGAAUCAUUGGAUCAGUACUACAUAUCUACAAACUUGUAUGAGAAAUUGGAUAUUCUAUGGAGUUUUAUCAAGGCCCACAUCACCAGCAAGAUUCUUGUAUUUGUCUCUUCAUCAAAACAGGUUCAUUUCAUAUAUGAAUGUUUUAGAAAGUUGCGUCCCGGCGUGCAACUACUGAAGCUUCAUGGAAGACAAAAACAGAAGGCUAGGAUGGAGACCACCCAACAAUUUACACACGCAAGCCAUUGCUGUUUAUUCGCAACAGAUGUGGUUGCCCGUGGUCUUGAUUUCCCUGCAAUUGACUGGGUUGUUCAAGUUGAUUGUCCGGAAGAUGCCACCACAUAUAUUCAUCGUGUUGGACGAUCAGCUAGAUUUGGAAGACCGGGCAAGUCAUUACUCAUGUUAACUUCAAGCGAGGAAGAACCAUUUCUGAAAAGAUUAGAGUCUAGAAAGAUUACAGUGAAGAAGCUCAAUGUUAAGGGAUCCAAAAAGAAAAGUAUUAGGAACCAAUUACAAUCCCUUUGCUUUGAAAGUCCCGAAUUGAAGUAUCUUGGACAAAAGUCUUUUGUUUCUUACUGCAAAUCUGUGUUUGUUCAGAAAGACAAAGAGGUGUUUGAUCUUACGAAGCUUCCAUUGGAGAUGUAUGCUAAAUCUAUGGGACUUCCUGGUACUCCUUCAGUUAAAUUUAUGGAUCGUGCCAAAAAGGGCAAGGGAUUGACAGAUGCAGAGAUGACUAAGAUAAAAGCCAAGAAGAAUGCAUCCAGAAAAUUGAUGAUUAUCGAAAAUGCAGACGAUAAUGGAGAUGUUCCAGAAGACAAAAAGGUGAGAACGAAAUAUGACAAGAUGUUUGAGAGAAAGAACCAGAGUGUUUUAUCUGAACAUUAUUUGCAAAUGACUAAAGGAGACGAUGAUGAUGAUACUGAUGACUUUCUCACCGUUCGACGUAAUGUUGACGAGGUGGAUGAGAGUGAACUACCACCUUUAGAGUUAAUCAAUACGUCUAAAAGAGCAAUGAAGCGAGCCAUGUCAAAGAAAUUAACUGCAAUGAAACAAGGAAAAGGUACGAAGUUGGUAUUUGAUGACGAAGGUCACGCCCAUCCUAUAUAUGUUUUGCAACAUGAAGACGAUUUCCAUAAAGAGGGGCCAGCUAUGGUGCUCAAGGAGAAGUUCUUACAUAAGGAGAAGGAGACUAUGAACAAGGAGGAUGAAUUGGAUAAGACCGUUGCAAAAGAAAAAAGAACAGAGAAAAAGAGAAGAAGAAAAGAGAUUGAAAAGCAAGCUUCAUUGCACGAAGAACUUUCUGAUGAGGAGAGUGCCUACACUGUUGUUUUAGGAGAAUCGGAUGACCAGGAGGAACCAGAUCUAGAUAAAGAUUUGGCAAUGGGAGAAGAAGUGGAAAGAGAAAAGAGAGCUGAAGUUGAAAGCGAUGACGAAGAAGAAAGACCCCAAAAGAAGGUGAAGUUGGAUGAAACGUCCGAUAAGGACGAGCAGAAUGUCAUCGAGAUCGAACAACCAGAAACUAUUGAUGAUUUGGAGGCAUUAACGGAGAAGUUGAUAAACAAUGAUGCUUGA